UUGCCUUGGUUUCUUGAUGAUUCCUGCUAUUUUUCUUUACUUUUUAUUUGAGAAUUUUAUUUAUUUAUUUAUUUUUUCUGUUUGCGUGUCAAAUUCCAGCAUUAUCAUCUUGUUUGUUCAUGGGUUGAUGGGUUUUUCUUAGUAUUUAAACAAUCAGCUGAUAAUUUCUAAGAGGAGAUGCUUGUUUGUGUCAACAAAUUACAUGUUCUGCUUCUGGGGAUUUUUCCGGAUCUUCCUGGGGUUUAAAUUUGUGGGCUUAAUUUACCUACCUUUGGUUUCCUCACAAAAAGAGAUUACAAGAAAAGGGUGGUUGCUGGAGGAGGGGAGAGAGAAAGAAUGGAGGAAACAAUGGCAGCCCGGUAUUGGUGUCACAUGUGCUCUCAGAUGGUGAGUCCCAUAAUGGAAGCUGAGAUUAAAUGCCCAUUUUGUCAAAGUGGAUUUAUAGAAGAAAUGAGUAGUAGUACAAGAGAAAAUCAGGAGCCUGAUUCUGAUUUCAGUUCCGAUCGUGCACUCUCCCUUUGGGCACCAAUCUUGCUUGGCAUGAUGGGAAAUCCUCGUCGACGUAGAAGAUAUAGAAGAAUGGGUUUUGAAGAAGAAGAGGACAGUGAUGAUGGUGAGGUACACCAUGGAGGAGAAAGCGAAUUAGACCGUGAAUUUGAAUCAUUCAUGAGGAGAAGGAGAAGAAGUUCAUCUGCAAUGUUACAAUUGCUUCAAGGAAUUCGAGCUGGAAUGGCAUCUGAAUCAGAGAAUUCUGAAGGAGAUAGGAAUAGAGAUGGACCAGGAGAUAGGGAAAGAGAACGAGUCAUUUUGAUCAAUCCUUUGAAUCGUACUAUCAUUGUUCAGGGUUCAUAUGAUUCAAGCAAUGGUCAAAACCAGAAUCACACUACCAUUGGGUCAUUAGGUGAUUAUUUCAUAGGACCUGGCUUGGAUUUGUUGUUGCAGCAUUUGGCAGAGAAUGAUCCAAAUAGAUAUGGUACUCCACCAGCACAAAAGGAGGCAAUUGAGGCAUUGCCUACUGUAGAAAUCAAGGAAACUUUCCAAUGUUCAGUUUGUUUGGAUGAUUUUGAGGUUGGCACCGAGGCAAAGGAAAUGCCAUGCAAGCAUAAGUUUCAUAUCUCUUGUAUAUUACCAUGGCUGGAACUUCAUAGUUCUUGUCCAGUUUGCAGGUUUCAGUUACCUGCUGAUGAGUCCAAGUCCGAUUCUGAGAGGUCUCAGAUUAGCAUUCAGCAGAGGGAGAGCAAUGAUACUGAUGAUAACAAUAGUAGUAGCAGUGACAGUAGUAGUAAUAGUAGUAAUCAUCAUCACCGUCACCGUCAUCAUCAUCAUGGAAGUAACAUUGAAGAGAGAGAAGGGGAAGGACGAAAUGGAAAUGGGAGAAGGUUUUCAUUUCCCUGGCCUUUCAAUAGUUUGUUCUCAUCUUCCUCAGGAUCUCAAUCCAGUGGAAGCAAUUCAACCGCAACCUCAUCGUCCUCUUUGGCAAAUGCUCCUGGAAGUGCUGCUCAAACAGAUGAGAAUUGAGUGUGAUUUUCUUUAGUUGCCAUAUUAGCUUCUCUUUCUCCAAGUUACUUGAAUGUGUGUUGCCUUGUUUGUGUACAUAGUAUGUUACUGAAACCCUUGUCUUUGAAACAAAAAAGAUUGUUAUUUUGAGCUGCCCACUUUUUUAUAUAUAUAUUUCAAGAAAUAUCAACUCCUAUUUCACCUUCUCUUAA